AUGUAUGAUAUACGGUCUUCAUAUAUGAAUUUACUUUUUUAUGUCGGUGUUUUGCUGAUGAUUGUCGAGCGUACAAGUAGCUACAACGAUCAACAAUGCCAAACACCAACAGGCCACAACGCUCCUGAGAUAUCUAUCUCAUCGGAUGACGAAUGUGAUGAGAAUGAUAAAUCUUGCAAAACAUUUUAUUUUAAUUCCGAUCACCUCGAUGAGUUGGAGCGAAAUGUUGCAAAAUACAUUGAACGUCAACUUGAGCACAUUCAAUCUAUGACAGCAAUGCCAAAGCAUUUGUCCAGCACGGGUACUGACACACCAAUGUCUAGUAUCGGUACUCACACAACGUCUGAUCAAGUGACGACUUCGACUCAAAGUACCGUCGCCACAAUACCACAUACAGAGACUACUGUACCAAAAGUAUUGCAGAGAACGAAAUACGAAUUCCCCAACAACGAUAACAUACACGACUACGUGGUUUUGAAGUCAUCGUUGCCAGAUCUUUCCACAGUAUCGAUAUGCGCUCGCGUGGCCCCAAUAGUGCACCUGGACGGAUCACUAUUUAGCUACCACACGGCUUUGGAAGGAGCCAACACCAUUUAUAUAAAAUUUCAAAACCAUGGUAUAUGGCUGUUUAUGGCACAUGAGGCGGGGAUAAAAUUCCACAUUGCACCAGUUGAUAAAACUCAUUUGUGUUUGAUAAUAUCAAAGCAGGAAUCAUACGUCAAAUUAUACGUAAACGGAGUAGUGGGAGAAACUACAGAAUUGGACUCUAGCCAAGACAUACCAGGAAAUGGAACAAUCGUCAUUGGCCAAGAUCAGGAUUCUAGAGCGGGAGGUUUUGAUAGUCCACCAGCUUUUACUGGAGUCAUCGAAAACCUUCGAGUUUGGGGUCGAAUCCUGAGUGCUGACGAAAUCAGUAAUUUGAAUGAGAACGAUUGUUCCUGUAAAAAUGAUUAUGUCAUAUCUAUGCAUGAAGAUGACGUAAUUGUGAAAGGUGAUGUAAAGGCGACUUACGAACGAUGUCCAUAGCUAUUGUUAGCAUUGUUGUGUGUUAUUAAAUUCGUUGCCUUUGUUAAAACAAUUCUGCUGGUUCUCUUCUGUAACUGGUUCUCUCGCUAAUUCCGUAUUAGAAUUUUACACUGACACCUUGCUAUUGUAUGGUCCGUACUAUAAUUUCAUUAUCCAAUUUUUUAGAUUCUUUUUUUACUAUAUAUAUAUUGCUAUCAGCUACCGAAAUUUAUGACUCGCGAUUAUCAAUAAGGUAUGUGACCCAAGGGACUACUACAAAUAUGGCAUCUAUGCUACUGAUUAUUCGCCGAGUCACUACGAUAUAAUACUGUGACACUGUUGUUGUUAUUGUAAGACACCAACGUAGCGUCUAUUUCCAUUUUAAAAGAUGGAAAAUAUUUCAAUAGUUUGUCAAGUAUAUAGUUGCGAUUUUAACUUUUGAGAAUCACAAACGCACUUAGCCAGAUGCUUUUUCAAUAAAUCACCGCUUAAGGAUCACA